ACGCGUGCACAAUGUAUGUGUGUAUCUCCAAAUUUCAUAAGUUUAUUUUCUUUCACAGGUUUGAUCUUGCUCUUCUACCUAGUCUUUUAUGGGUUCCUGGCUGCACUCUUCACAUUCACAAUGUGGGUUAUGCUUCAGACUCUGAACGAUGAGGUUCCAAAGUACCGAGACCAGAUUCCUAGUCCAGGACUUAUGGUUUUUCCUAAACCAGUGUCGGCGUUAGAGUAUUCAUUCAGUAUGUCUGAACCAGAGUCCUAUAAAGGGUACAUUGAAGACCUUAAGAACUUUCUGAAGCCAUAUGCUUCGGAAGAACAGAAGAAUCUCCGACUCUGCCCGGAUGGACAGCUCUUUCAUCAGGAGGGUCCGGUUUAUCAAGCAUGUCAGUUUCCUCUUGACUUACUUGAGGAAUGCAGUGGGGUGAAGGACCCUAACUUCGGCUACUCCAGUGGGAACCCUUGUAUUCUUGUAAAAAUGAACAGAAUAAUUGGAUUAAAGCCUCAAGGUGAACCGAAGAUAUCAUGCUCUGGUAGUUCUAAGGGUGGAAACAUGACAGCUAUAUUAACUUACCCUCCAGAUGGACAUAUGGACUUAAAAUAUUUUCCAUAUUAUGGGAAAAAACUGCAUGUGAGCUAUCUACAGCCAUUAGUUGCUGUCCAACUCAGCCUCAAUGCUAACAAAACCCCAAAAGAAGUAACAGUCGAGUGCAAGAUUGUUGGAUCACCCAACCUGAAAAACCAUGAUGAUCGUGACAAGUUUUUAGGACGAGUUGUGUUCAAAAUCACAAUGCGUGCAUAGUAGGAGUUAGAAUAUGUCCACAGAGUAAAUGUUGUGUUGUCUGUCUUCAUUUUGUAUCAGCCGGACCUGACAUUCUAGAAUUAUGGGACCACCUGAGAGAGAGUUGGGGUGGUACAUGACACUGCGGUAGCAUUGUAAUGUGCUUCCCCAUCAUAGUGUUCAGUGUCCUCUGAAGUAACUGCCUGUUGCCUCUGCUGCCUUUGGGAACCAUUGUACAGUCGCCAGAUGGGGCCUGUGAACACCUGAUUCUGAACACGUGGGUCUUGUCCUAUUUUUUUAUGUGGUUUAAUUGCCAACUGUCUAAAGCUUAAUGUGCUGUGCCAUGUAAAUAUUUUGUAGAUUUAACCCUGGUUAAUUGUCAUAUUUUGAUGCCAGCACAUUUUUAAGGGUAAAAUGGUACCUGACCAACAUGAACAGCUGCAAGAAAUGUGUGUGGAGUUCUUUGUGUGAAGAGGAUCACAGGAAAUAAAAGUGGGUUUGAAAGGUUGUCUUGGGUUUUUGUAAAGUUAUUUUUUACAUGCUGAAUUAGUCUGUGGAUCUUUUUUAUUAAAAGCACAAACUGUUUAUUGUAAAACAUGUAAAAAAGAACAAGUAGUGGUGGGAUUAUUAGUGAUGGGACUAAAUCUCUUAUAAAAAGUACUUUAGACCAGAGAUGAAACAGCGUUUUUAGGUUGCUCAGUAUGAAUAUGCACCUAAUUUUUUAAUGAAAUUCCUAAGAUUUAAAUUGUAUAAUAGUUUGUGAAAUAUCUUGUUACUGCUUUUAUUUAGCAGAAUGUGGACUCUAAUAAAAAAUAUAAAUUGUAAACUAUAAAA